AUGGGUGUUGAUCUAUUCACCCGACAAAUUCGCGAGGCGAGAUCUUUUGUCGCCAACCCCGAGCCAGAUGUGGUCGUUCAGACCAUGUUAGGGCCAGUCUUUCGUACAUAUCGCUUGCUAGACAUGGACUUAUCUGAUGGCACAGUCGUUGCCAUGACUGAAAAGGGUGAUGUUAAGCAACACCUUCCGGUGUUAGCCCAGGGAUCGCUUAUUGCACGCAUUGAAGAUAUUUUCAAAGAUGGACGAGGAAGUAUCCGUCUCCUAGUUGUUUCCGAAAUGGGCACCGGUCGUGAGUUGGUCAUUGAUUACAAGCGCAUUGACAGAGGGAUUAGAACGGAAGACAAGUUCUCAGAGAGCCCCACUACCAGUGACUCCGAUGAAAAUGAGGAUGAAUCAGAUGACACCAAAGUUGAUGUUUACGCGUUUUUCGAGGUUGGGGAAGAGUCUGGAGUGCAAAUGAAUGCAGAUAAUGAGGAAGCUCAAAGAAACACAUUAUUCAAUCCCGGCAGGUCUUUCCCCGAUAACUCAACAGCUUUUGACGUUCAUCCAAUCGAAUUUCAAGGGAGAACCAGAUUGAGUUUCAAUGUUGUAGCAUCGACAACGGACAGCAGUCCGGCUCUAUUUCGGUGGAUGUAUGAAACAAAUUUCCCCAACCCUCUUGGAAGAUAUUCUUUGCUCACCAUGCAUGUCAGUCACAUGAAAAGAUCAAUGAUGCAGUUCAACGAGCUCAAAGAGAAUGCAAUGAGUAUACCUGGCUUGCUCUAUAAUGAGCAAAGAGCACUUGACAAGCUCCUCCAAAGGGUCAAGAAUGAAUACGAUCAUAAGCCAAGCCCCGGCACAACCGGUCGAUUCAUGAAGCCCGGUCAUCUGACUGAGACUUUUCCGUCCAAGGAAAUUGACACUGGCGUGGUGUCCUGGCUCUGCAUUCCAUACUUUCGCUUUGAUUCACUGUCCAAUAACCUGAAUAUAUCCCCGAAUUCAUAUCCUACGCAGUCAUUGCUAAAGGACCUAUUGCUGAAACCAGAGCGAGAGACGAAGCAAGUCAUGAGUCGCAUGCAACCAACCGAAACUGGCAAGUGUCUACAUGUUGCACAAUUGUGGACUAUUGAGAUGAACAACUCUCUUCUCAUCACCUAUGGAGAUCUAGAAUUAUCUGAUUUCAGUGACUUAGAGUUUCAAUAUCUACCUACAGGUCAGACUGAUCAGCCGCUCAAGAUUCGUCCUCGCACAAUCUUUGUUUCUUUUGAGAAGAGAGUUAUGUGGUCUCUGCCUGUAAAGGACUGCAUUACAUGGCCAAACUUCCUCUCACACUUUGUUGAACUGAACACUAGUCGGAUACUUUUCACGCAUGAAGGAAAUCCUGUUGAACCUAGUGAGUAUGUAAACCUACUCGAAGGGGAGCUUGACAUCAGGCUGGUACUUAACAUCAGUGAGGGAUCCGAUAUUAUAUUUUCAGAGGUGAAAGGCGGGUUUACCGUAUUCGAGUGGGUCGCCGAAGUGAACACAGCACUACAGGAUGAUGAUGGUAGCGAUCAUGAUGAUGCAGAUCAUGGGAAGGGCGUUAGAAUAAGGAAGCGUCUAGCAGCAAUGGACAAGUUCCUUCAAAGUCAGGAAUUUGACUCUCGCUCUUAUAGCAGCGCAACAUUAUCGGAUUCCGAUGCGGUACGAGGGCUUUUCCCAGAAACCGAGCCCGCCGCCUCCAGGGCGAUGCGAACUGCACAGGCAGCCGAAUCGCUAUACGGCUUUUUCGCCCCUCCGGGGUUUGCAGGUCCUGUCUUGAAGAAAUACUGGGGCGCGGUGUACUUUCUCAUUCAGAAUUUGCAAUCCGACUCACAGGAAGAUACAAGCUCAGUCAAAGGUUUUUGUGACCAGCUGAUUGAUUUGUCAAUGCGGAUAAAGCCGAUCAAGCUUCUCUUUUCGCGUAUUGGUCUGAUCAAACCCCCAACUGACAAAUCCCCCCACCCGCUGGAGAGAGCUUGGAUGCAUCUUCUUAUGGCAUUGAUCUACAUUAAACGAAAACCGCGUCGGUCUCGUCAACACAUGGACACCUGCUUAGGUCUGCUUGACUUGGGGAUCACGGGAGUGAAGGAUACGUUUCCCAAGCCGGUCCCCCAGAAGCCAAAGGUGAUUUUACCUCUGGAUGUUGCGACGUUAAUCGGUUUCCACCUUCUAGAUAAGAAGUCUCCAGGUAUGAAUAUCAGAUUGAUUCUCGACAAGUACUCCAAGUAUCUGAGUGGAUUGAAAGAGCGCGUACAACUUGAUCAAUUGGAUAUAUCUCAUAAAGAAGAAAUAGCCUUCCUACAGACACAAAUCAAGUUCAUACAAGAAAGGCUAGCGGACAAACGAGAGGUUUUGGGCGCGUUAGCUGUACCGACAGCCAACACAAAAAUCGAAAUACAGCGGGAGCCUCAGGAACGGAAGCUUCUAGGGGAUCAUGCCGCCCAUACACUCUCCAAGCCAGGAGAAUCUGGGGCAGUGAGUGAAACCGAUGAUGGAUCCAACAGCUACUCCAGUGGUCAACAGACCCCCAACAGCAGUCUUAUCAGUCUACGCAGCAGCUUCUCCAAAGACUGCCAGGAUCUAAUUGAUCAAACGGCGGAAGGAUUCAGCGAGCUUAUGUCCCAGGCCUGUACGCUUGAGGAAAUGAACGAGAAGAAGAUUCAACAUGAUAAAAGCCGCCAAGACUUCGCAAUCUACGCCUUUACAAUCGUGACAAUCAUCUUUCUUCCGUUGAAUACAGUCUCGAGUAUUUUUGGUAUGAACACUAGUGACAUUCGCGAUAUUGAGAGCGGGCAAUGGAUCUACUGGGCGGUAGCCAUUCCAUUGACUGUCAUUGUUAUGGCUUUGACGUUAUUCUGGGCUGGUGAGCUUAACAUAGUUUACAAUCUUGUGAAAAGUUUUCCGCGGCGUAGGAAUGUGGAACGGUGA